AUUUUCCAAUCAUCACAGAAAGAAUAACAAGCAAAACAAGGUUAGACACCACACAACUAAGGUUAACAUGUCAAAGGGUGACAAGGUUGUUAUUUUGGACUUCUGGGCUAGCCCUUUUUGUGCUAGAGUAAAAAUUGCUUUGGAAGAGAAAGAUGUUCCCUAUGUGAGCAAUGAAGAGGACUUGUUUGGAGGUAAGAGUGAGCUUCUGCUGAAGUCAAAUCCAAUUCAUCAGAAAGUUCCUGUGCUUUUGCACAAUGACAAACCUGUCACUGAGUCUGCUAUAAUUGUUAGCUACAUUGAUGAGGUUUGGCCUUCCAACUCACUGCUUCCGACCUGUGCAUAUGCUCGCGCACAAGACAGAUUCUGGGCUGACUUCAUUGACAAGAAGGUAUUUGAUGGGGGCAGGAGCAUCUGGGCAAGCAAUGGAGAAGAGAGAGAAGUAGCCGUAAAGGACUUCCUUGAAGUUCUAAAGCAUCUGGAGGAAGCUCUUGGAGAUAAAGAAUACUUCAGUGGUACUGGUGAUGACUUUGGUUAUGUGGACAUCAUAGCCAUUCCUCAUUCAGCAUGGUUUUUGGCAUAUGAGAAGCUUGGGGACUUCAAAGUUGAAGAUCAUUCCCCAAAAAUCUCAGCUUGGAUUAAGAGGUGCUUGGAAAAGGAAUCUGUCAAAAAUGUUCUUCCAGACCCAGAAAAGGUUUACCAGUUUGUCCUUCAUUUCAGGAAGAUGUCAGGACUUGAUUAGUGAAUGAGAUUCAAUUAAGCAUGGCCUGAUAUGUUUCAUUUGCAGUGAAUGGAGUUUGUUUCUUGUUUUGUUUUCCCUUUGUAUUAGAACUUGAUGGUUUGGAUUUUCAGUACUCACCAGGGGGCUUAUUAGAAGAAUAAAGGAAAUAAUGAAAUAAGAAUCACCUCUGGGUUGUUAUUGCUUUUCAUCAAUUGUAAUGGGUAUGAUUACAAAUCAA